CUUCGCUUGGGGUAGCUAUCUCUGGGAUUUUACUUAUGUUGACCUUGAGGAUACAUGGAAUAAUUAUUUAUCACUUUCUGAGCGUGGUCAAACUUUAAAGUACUCCGUCUCAGGAUUUACGGCUCCAAUAAGGGUAUAAAAAUUUUCUUAUAUUUAAAUUGUUUUAUUGUUAUGUUUUUUAUUUUAAUUUUAACUUUUAUUACUGUAAUUGUAAAAAAUUAUAGAUAUGGAUAUAUGAGAUGAUUCCGACUGUUCGUGCAUGUGGAUUUGCAUCGAGAAAAAAUAAAGACUUGCCUCAGAUGAAACGAUGGAGUGGAACAAAAAAAUUGAAAUGGGUUGACGUGAACAAGAUUUGGUCAAAGAUGCAGGAGGGGCAACCACCAAGACAAAACAUGUUACCGGGUGAUGGUGAGAUGACAUCUUGUUAUUAUAUGUCAUUUCAAGAGUAUGUAUAUGGUGAAGGGAAAGCAGUUCCAUCCCCAGUACGGGACCAUUUUAGGAGACAAGACGAAUCUUCGUCUAGUAUGUCGUCCAGUGGUCGCUCUCAUGGUAGAGGUCGGGGCAGUGGGAAACACAACCUAGACAAGGUGUACGUUUCGCAUAAUUACAUGCUCGAUUGAACCAUGUCACUUCU